AUGCCGACUGCACAAGCUGAGCACCGUGUUGAGCGACAGGUGGAGGAAGCCUACCCUAGCCGCCACCCCUGGCUCCCUGCAAAGACGCGUGAAGGCUAUCAACACGAGUUCCCGGGUUCAGAUCUUGAAAACACUACUCCAGAUAAGAGAAGAAUCCUUCCUAGAAAAUUCGGAGUAGACGACUCGAUUGAAGCCAAGUAUGUCAAUUCAGAGGAAGAUGCCGCAACCACAUUAGAACUCCAUGAGAUGAUGGCAAGUCACCCGGGCCUAACACCUCACUCUUGCGCCCAUUGUCAGGAGUGGGAAAUCGAUUUUCGUCAUUUUCGAUUGAAUCAUCGAGGUAGCCUGGAUGAUAAUCAAGAGCACGAAUAUCGUGGGUUUGAAGAUGGCUUCACUGCUCGAUAUGCCCAGGAAAAGGCGGAACUUGGCUGUGAUUUCUUCAAGAGGGCCCCGAAAGAACGGCGAUCGGACUUUCAAAGUAGGAAGAAGAAAGCUUUGAGCGGAGACGAAGUUUCGUACGUAAAUAUGCGAGAGGAUACCAGCACCAAAAUGAUCUUUCACCUUGCCUGGGAGGGCCCCGAUGCGGACGGGUUCGGCGACAAACCUCGUUCUAGCGCAUUGAUAGGCCACAUCCCACCCAACCUAGUCUCGAACUCUCAGCUGAGUUACCGCCGUGUCAAGCAAUGGAUGCACGAAUGCCAGAGAACCCAUUCGAAGUGCUCGUCUCGAUCGAAUACAUUCGUUCCCACAAGAUUGCUUCAUGUUUCAGGAACUUCCCAAAAUCCAACUAUUAAACUCACAACUACGCCACGAGUAGCACCUUACGCGACUCUCUCUUAUUGCUGGGGCGGAGACCAAGAAGCGAAAACGUUGAAAUCCAACUUUGCGUCUUACCAAGAUCAUAUCGACUUCUCCAUCUUGCCAGCCACGAUCCAGGACGCUGCCAUAGUCACCAUUCAGAUCGGACUGUCGUAUUUGUGGGUUGAUGCGAUGUGUAUUAUCCAAGACGACGAAAACGACAAGAUGACAGAGAUUGCAAAGAUGCACGCGAUAUACCGAUGCUCGCUUAUAACAAUAGCACCAUCAGAGGCGGCUACUAGCAAGACCGGAUUUCUCAGGCCUCGAGACAUGUGGCGGCCCAUCAAGAUGAAGGCCCGAUUCGAUGACAACGUCUUCUCGGAUGUUCUUCUGGUCCCAGAAGGCAGCUCGUGCAGGCCAAGUGCAGCUCUGUUCCAAAGAGGAUGGACGUUGCAGGAGACGUUAUUAUCUACCCGUGUUCUAGUCUACGGCCUGAGAGAGCUGACCUUCCUCUGCUUGGAAGGCAUCAGAUCAGAGUGCGGCUCGCACUUGACAGUCGAGGAGAUCAACUGGGCCUUCCACCCUGGGAGUAAGAUCCACGUGAAUAUGGAACACCCGCAAAGUUGGAAUUACUUGAUUGCAUCCUACUCGGAACGCUUUCUCACGAUCGAGGGCGACAAGCUGUUAGGUAUUGCGGCACUGGCUGAAGAAUAUGGACGGAGCAAGGGUGUUGAUGGGUACUUCGCCGGACUGUGGAGGGACAGCUUCCUGAAGCAGGCGCUCUGGACCACGGCAUCGUACACCGGAUCCCCGAAGCAUUCCAAGGGAUAUAUAGCCCCUUCUUGGUCUUGGGCGAGUGUCAUUGGCGAGAUCACGGGCUUCGGAGCAAGCUUCAACAUGCCUCUGGCGUGGCUACCCGAGACAAUGCCAGACAACAUCACAUGCGAGUUGAUUGAUGUCCAGACAACAUUGAUAACACCAGAGAAUCCUUUUGGAAUUGUCAGCGACGGAUACAUGCUGAUACGUGGCAACAUGCGGAGGGUCAUUUGGAAUCGCGAGCACGGCCGGGGCUCGGCAUGGAACGGUAUAGGGUGUCUCGCAUCAAAUACCAAAGAAAGUCUCGAGGAAAGAGAAAAGGUACUUCGUGACCCGAGAAUGGCGUUCAGGAUAGACCACCAGCAAGACUGGCUCGAGGAGGACUUCGUUCUUCUAUGGAGCCUUGAGAUUUGCAAGACGGAUGAUGGACGGGGGUAUGCGCUUCUUCUUGAGGAAGCAGAUGUCAAAGCAGGGGCGUUUCGGAGAGUAGGUCGACUACAAAUAACCUCGGUGGAUGAGGCACGGGGUAAUUGGUUCGAGAGCGAGUGCAUCUUCCGGGAGGUUAUGGUGAUCUAA